AGGAAGAAUUGACUCAGGUACACAUACGUGUUUUUUGUUUUUUUUUUUUUUUUCGAAGCUUAGGCUGUCACGCGAUCCAGUUUGCAACUGUAAACGGUGCGCAACCGUAGCCACAUAUAGAGAAACAGUAAAACGGUAAAUGAAAAGAUGAACACGUUAGAGGGCGAGCGAUUACUCCGCGGUGCAUCAAAUUAUUUCGGUCGAAACGGCAUUUUCAAUUUUCCACUGCGCCAGAUUCGGAAUUGCGGAAGUGCAUUCCGCGUUCAACGGUUCGAGUAAUUGUGAAAAAGCCUUGACUCCCAUUAUUACACUUCGUUCUGAAAAUAACGCGUUCCACCCUCGUGGAGGUAUGAUUUAGUGAUUUGAGGAAAAUAAAUAAACGAAGGCAUUUAAAAUCAAGCAUAAGGCGUUGUGUGAUUGUUCAUCGCUUGGUAACGGUCCUGGCAACAAUUUACACUUCCUUUGCCAUUUAUGUGUUUUUUAAUAGUGUUAUCAUUAGACCGCGGGAUUUAUGGCUCAACUACAAAAAUCUAGGAACCAGUUCCCUGCAUUUCCGUGAAAACUUCGCAAUUUAUAUCCAAACCACCCCCUGCACCUUAAAAUAUACAUCGAUCUUCUUACGUGCGACACAUCCCGUACUCGAUACACCAAUCUCGAGGCUCGGCUCGUGCCAAGCGUCGCGUCAACGGCAAUUAAGAUCCAAGUGGUUCGCCACCUCCCUUUCGAAGAAUCGCGCCGUUGUUUCCGGUCUCGACAAUGGCAAACGGCGAGAUUCCAUUACGCCUUGGUAUUCCUCGCGUGGCCUGAGACAUGUACGGAGACAGACAGACGUUAUUGGGGCAUGUCUAUCCUCCAUCCAGCCGAAGUGUCUUCGGACAUCCGAAAUUGACGCGUUUCGUGCGCUUCAAACUUUCACGGACUUCUCGAGAUACGAGGCGCGGAUAAGCGGUAUAUAAAGGGUCUUGGAGUCCUGCACGAAUCCCCAAUUGAUAUUCGAUAGCUUGCCAGUGUGCAUCACCAGGUGACAAUAGGCAGAACGUCGCGAGCCUGUCCCCGAGCCACGUGGAUGUCCCGCUUCCGUUCCGCCGUUCGCUGUUCGAUUUCGACGGCGAACUCGACGCUCGAACGCGAAUUCGGUCUUUCUCGACUACAGUGCUUCGAUUCGUGGUACCUUGGUUCGGCCUACAUGUAGAAUCUCGGUAUCUUUUGAAGUUGAAGUCCGAGAGAGAUGUUACUGUCCGCGAGAGCUGCCAGGUGCGCUGCGCUUAUGGGAGAGCCAGAUGAACUGUACCCAGAAAAAAUUAUAUACCCGAGGAACACGAGGACGCUGACGAAGACGGCGGUAAUUGGCGGCAAACCCAUCGACGAGGAAACGUGCAUGACUCUGAGGGGUCUUGUUUUCGGAAGCGCCGCUACUCCACCGAAACCAGAAUGGGCAAGAACCGGAUUAACCUUGCGACCUUAUGGCCAGACCUUGGCGUUUGGAUUACGAUCGCCACGGAACACGACGAGAGGCCUCGUCACGGCGGUUCAGGCCAUCAUGCUGAAGCACUUUCUGUUCAAGUGCAACAGACAGGAAACCCAUACGAACCCAGAGAGCCUGCUGAAACCGUCGUACGACAGGCAAAUCGAUGUCCUGACAGCGGCGAUAGCCGAGAUCAUUUGGCGAUGCGCCGGAGGAUUCGUCGUGCAAAAUACUGGUUGCUCGCCAAAUCAAAGUGUCGCAGGAAACGCGAACGUGCCGAGGGCUGUGGUUGCCUUACCUCAGGAGACACCCUAUUUGCAGCAUAGCGUGCAAUACUUCCAGGAUGGACUGACUGAGACCCUGCACUUGUUCGAGUUCGACUCCCUGGACGAUCUCCAAAUAUUCAUCAAAAGAUACUUGUACCUGUUCCAGGAUGAGGGUGGUCCUGGUGCUCAGUUGCUGCUGUACAGCGCCAUGCUUUCUAGAAACCUUUCGAAAAUACGAGCUGACCUCGAAGACCCCAGAGCCUCGAUACUAAGUGGUUGCCCUGAAGAAGGCCCCACCAGCGUUGUGAUGCUUUCCUUAACUGGUCGUGCCUCGCCUCAUCUACACAAUGGAGUCUUACACGUUGGAGAUGAAAAUACAUACGCCAUACCUCAAUGGGGCGUCCUCGUGAGGAGCGAGAUAGGCUUCUUGGUGCACGAGGGCGAUGGCCAAACGACCAAACAACCAGGCUCUCGUCUCAAGACCCCCAGUCUUCCCAUUUGGGUCACUCUUUGCCAUGGCCACCAUGGCGUCCUCUUCAACACCAAUCGGGAAUUGCUUAGGAAUUAUCACGCUGAACGUCUAUUCGACGUUCAGUACUUCACCUGCGGCGGCAGCCAUGCUACUUUGACAGUGGACACUAGAUCGAACUCAGCAAACGAUUCAGAGUUCGAGGGUUCGAGCAAAGAGUGCAUGGACAUUGCUGCGACCCCGUUGGAGAAGCUUAUUCGUUCCAAAUGGCAAGACGCUUACGUACAGUGGAACGGAACCCCCUUGAUGUGAAUGCACUAUCUCGUUCUAUGCGUCUAUAACAUCGCAUAAAUGAUCAAUGUAACUUUGUAUUUCACUGUUCGAUCGCUGUAGCGCCUCGAGUAACUUUGUAAACGUUUAUUUAAAAACGAAAAGGAGUUCUUCCUCGUACCUUCGGCCAUUCUCGACGAUAACCGAAAAUCUGAAGACGAGACUAACUGGAACGACGUCUCCUUGG